UUGGGUUUUUGCCGCCGGCGUUGUAGUGGAUGAGAUAAGGGUCGUGAGGGGUGCGUGGGAGGGUGAGGGAGGUGAAGAGGCCGUGGAGGAGGUGAGCGCCGUGGGAAACGGCGCGGUCGCGGAGGAAGGAAUCGAGGACCUCACGGCGGAGCAUGGGAAUGUGUUGGCCGGGGAGGAGGGCGGAGCCGAAGUCGGCGGUGAGGUUGGAGGGGGAGAUGAUGCGCAUGCGGGUGACGCGGCGGUCGAUUAGGGAUUCGGGGAUGGAGAACUCGUCGAGCAUGCAGAGAGGGAUGGCGCCGCCGCAGGGCUUCGUGCCGGAGGGGCUUCGUUCGAUCAGAGCCACCAGAAAAGUACCAGAUUUCACUCUUUGGGAUUUCAUUGCAAAGAAGAUGAGCAGCAAGAAAGAGGAGGAAAGAAAUGAGAAGAUCAUUAGGGGAUUACUCAAGCUCCCUCCCAAUAGAAAUUGCAUCAAUUGCAACAGCUUGGGGCCACAGUAUGUUUGCACUAAUUUCUGGACUUUUGUUUGCACCAUUUGCAGUGGGAUUCACCGGGAAUUCACUCAUCGUGUGAAAUCGGUUUCCAUGUCUAAAUUUACCUUGAAAGAAGUUGAGGCUCUUCAGAAGGGUGGAAAUCAGAGAGCAAGAGAAAUUUUUCUGAAAGAUUGGGAUUUGCAGAGGAUGAUGUUACCUGAUAACAGCAAUACAGAAAAGAUUAGAGAAUUCAUAAAACAUGUAUACGUUGAUAAGAAAUUUGCCGAGGGGACGUCCACAGAGAGCCUUAAGAACCAUGAAGAUCAUAGGCGGUCAAGAUCCUAUCAUUCAUAUUCCCAAAGCCCUGUUUAUGACAAUCAAUAUGAUGAAAGACGCAAUGGGAAAAAAUAUGGUAUGCUUACUAGAAAACCAGGUUCGGACCGAGGGUAUGAAGUUAAAAUCUCUAGUAUUUUACAUAGUCCUGAUCAAUUACUGAAGCAAAUGCAUGAAGAAAAAUAUACCGACAAAAUGGCUGUUGCAGUAAGUCCAUUAAAAUUUGGUAGAAAUUCACCAAAUUUUCUCGAUGAUCAAGAUGCAAAGUCAAAUGUUCACCAGGAUUUAAAUGGAAUUCCUCGAAUGCUGAGGACUACAUCAUCAUCCAACAGCAUUGGAUCCUUUGCUAGAGAACCUAUUUCUCUAAGAUCAGUUAAUUCAGCUAACUUUACUGAUACUUCCACAGAGUAUAGACAUCUUUCAAGAACUCGGUCAGCAGAGAUACCUGCAGCUGCUUCUUUGAUACGAUCAUCUUCGACUUCGAUUUAUUUAGCACCAACAGUGGAUUUAUUCACAGAAAUUACUCCACAACCGUCAUCUGCAAACUCAGUUUCACAAAAAUUGUCGAAAGAUAGAGUCUCAGAAAAUGACCAAUGGGCUACAUUUGAUACACCUAAUCAUGCUGAAUAUGCAACUUUACCUAAUGAUAUUCAUCCUUUCGUGUCUGCUCCGUGGCAUGUUAGUCCAAAUGAAGCAUCCCAGCCAUGGAAUGCUUUUGGUGAUGAUACUGAGAGCAGUAACCAUUCCUUAUUUCAGCACAAUGCUCCAUUCAGCAAUCCAUAUGCUGAAAUAAAAGUCAAAGAGGUUUUUGUAGAAAAUGGAUUUGGAACAUCUGUUGUUCCCUCGGUUAAUACCGCAUGGGAGCAAAAAUCGACAAAUCCAUUUGAACUUCCUUACAGUUCGAAGCUUGAAUCUGAUUAUGAGUUCUUCGACAUGAAUGAUUUGCGAGCAGCACUUCCAAAUCCAUAUACGUCGAUUGGACUCCCUGGUGGUUUCCCUGAGCCAUGGAUUCCUCAGAAUUCAACCACACCAUUCAUUUCCCCUGGGUUAACAUAUAUUGCAGGGCAGUUACCUGGACAACAGUUAAUGAAUAUACACUCACAAGCACCAGUCGCAUCUGUUGGUGGGAACCCUUUUGCUUAACUCACCAAAAAUCAAAUAUCUUAUGAUAGCAAUGUACAGCAACUCAUUUGCAGUAAUAAAUGAUCCUUCAUUGAACCAGGUCAUAUGCAUAUCAUUCCAUGAAACAAAAUUUAUCCCAUUGUGUGCAAUGUUAUUCUGGUUGUGAUAAAAGAGAAUAUAUGAUCCUCACAAGUAAUCAGUGAACAAUUUGCAUAUGAAUGCAAAGUCUUUGUAGUUCUCUGUGA